AUGGGAUGUGCUGCUUCCAGGUUAGAAGAUGAGGAGGCUGUCAAGAUGUGCCGGGACAGAAGGGACUUGAUCAAGCAGGCACUGGAGCAGCACAACCGAUUUGCAUCUUCACCGUGGGACUUCUUCUGGAACCCAUUCUCAUCACUGGACAGCUUUACAUAUCCCCGCCCUCGGAGUAGCUAUGACAAUGUGGUCACUGAUGAUGAACUCGUGAGGUUACAACGGGUACGAGAGGAGGAAGGAAUCCCAGAACUUGAAGAGGAAGAUGAUGAGUGUCAAGAGCAUGUACAGAUGGACAGAAAAGAGGAAAAAGAAGAGCACGACAAUGCAGAUGAUGAUGAAGACGAUGAUGAAGACGAUGGCGAGGAAUGUGAGCAUUCAGAUGAGUGUAUGGUUUCUAAUGUGAAUUUCGAUGCCAAUAUGAAGCAAGAAACAAAGGGAUUUGAAUCCAAAGGUAUUCAGUGUACUGAAGCACCAGAACCUUGCAAGACAGUAGAACUUGAGAUAAAGGCACACAAGAAAGAGUUGAUGAGAAACAGAGUAGCAAAUGCAGAAGAAACUCCUGGUUUCAUAGUAUAUCUGAAUCGAAGGCCAGCAAGCUUGGUUGAGGCCAUGAAGGAUAUCGACUGUCAGUUCUCAGGGAUAUGUGACGCUGCUCGGAAAAUCUCAGUAAUGUUGGAUGCAAGUAGAGCUCAGUACUCAACCUCAAACGAUCUUUCUGGUACUGUUUUUAUGAUCCACACUGAAAUUACUCUUAAAGAUCCAGAUUUGACACUUACUGAACAUUGCUUGCCAAUUGUGUAUUGCAGCGAAGAUGCUGAACCCAGUUGCACUUUUGCGUUCUGCGUCAUCCCAUUCAUCAUCAUCUCGUUUCCUUCUUGCUCCCUCUAGCUCAAUAGAUGAUCUCUUUGACAAUGAGACUAGCAGCUGCUACUCUGAAGAAUCUUGCAGUACCAUGUCUGGAAGUCACCACUCUACCUUGGAUAGACUCUAUACAUGGGAGAAGAAAUUAUACAAAGAAGUAAAGGCAGGUGAGCGGUUAAGAAUCGAGUAUGAGAAGAGGCUGACACAUUUGAGGAACCAAGAUGUGAAAGGCGAAGAACCUACCUCUGUUGAUAAGACUUGUGCAGCAUUGAGAAGCUUGCAUACUCGGCUGAAGGUGUCAAUACACACAGUUCAGUCGGUAUCAAGGAGGAUUGAAAUUCUAAGGGAUGAGGAGCUGCAUCCUCAGCUUAUGGAGUUGAU